AUGACCCUCAAGCGCAAAGCUUCAUUUUCACUUAUUGCGUCUCCCAAUGCGGCUGGCACUGUUCCCGGAGAGUUCACUUCCAUUGAUGAAACGCCCAAGUAUCUCAAUAGUCGAACACGAAAACGCUUCAGGGAUAACCGUCCGGAUGAUGAGAUUGUUUACCAAAAUACUCUCCGCUGGCUCUUUUCUGCGCAACAGCAACCGCAUCCAGACCCUCCCGCGGACGAAGAUACCAGCACAGAACCGCUCCCGUUACCUGAGACCAUCGAUCCGCGCCAACAGACUCUACACAGAUUCUUUCAGCCUGCUCAACCAUCCUCAUUUCGGUCGAGGGCUAUAGAAACAUCGGCAAUGAAAAAUAGUGACCGAAUUUCUGUUGAAAACUCUAUUCUAUCUCGUCAUGUCUUAGACAUGGACUCGGCGGGUAGUUCUGUCACAAGCGACACAAAUAGUUCAAAUGUCCGGGUGCGGGAUGGCGAUAUCGACUCGGAGAUGGGUGUUGCAAACGGUUGA